GCAGCUGCCACCAUGGGCGCAGCCUGCUUCCGAGGUCGUAGUACCCGCAGCCUUCUCUUCGUCGGUCUCGACGGCGCUGGCAAGUCGUGCCUCCUCGCAUGGCUCGAGCCGACGAGUAGCACCACCAGCGUCAUUGCGCCCACCAUUGGUGCUCGGCGGUGCCAGUUUGCGUGGGCGCGGAGCCGAGCCCGCUUCCAAGCCUGGGACCUCUCAGGCCACGGACGCUAUCGUAGACUGUGGCCCUACUACGCUGGCCACGUUCACGCGAUUGUGUUUGUCGUCGACGCCACCGACAAGGCACGGCUGCCCGUUGUCCGACGCGAGCUGUGGGCGCUCUUGAACCACAAAGCACUCGUUGACCGGGCAACACCGCUGCUUCUCUUCCUCAACAAGUCGGAAGAUCCAAACGCGGUCUCGAUUAAAGAAAUGGAGCGGCGCCUCCACUUGCACCAGCUCAAGCGUUGCUGGCGUGCGGAGGCGUGCAGCGCCGUCACGGGCGCGGGUGUCGCGGCCGGCGUCGACUGGCUCACGACCACGCUUCUCGAUGCCGAGUCGGACGAGAAUGCACAUGAUUUAAUUUAGAUCUUAGUCGUACGAGUAUAUAGAUUACAAUAUGACGCACUCGCUGCGCGGCGGCGGCUCGACGGGACUCUCGUCGGCCGCACGCAGCUUGGCCACGUGUUGCAGCAAGG